GACAUUUGAUCAUAGUUAUAACUACAGCCUUAUAAAAUGAAUAUUUUUAAUUAAUUCGUGAACGUCCUUCUCAACGACACUCGUACCCUCAGUAAUGAGCUUACUACUGUUCAAAAGAUACAUUUUAUAAGGCAGGAGAUGUAACAAAUGACUAAUGUAAAUGGCCACUGUAGCAAAAUCGAAGUAUACGUGCGUUUGUUUACAUGUUCCGUGGAUGUGCACACAGGGACUCCCUGUCAGGGAGAGAGAUACGUGUUCAAGAAAUUCUUGUACACCGUAUGCUAAUUUAAAUUACCCUGAUUUUUAGUAGAAAUUUUCCACUGCAAGCACUGAUUUCCACCAGUGUAUAGUUGUAGUACCUGAUCCCAUUACUAAUUUCCAGCCUGAUUUUCUUCACUCGCAUCCAACCGAUCAAUUUGGUCUUUUAAUAAUUAAUUUAUUUUGUCUGCAGGUGCUAGUAAUUCUUACUGUACUGGCAGUCGGCUGGAAGUACUUAUCAAUUAAUAAAAUAUGAUUGAAUGUGCAAUCUUAUUCUGGUAAAAGGUGGAUUUAGCGGGUGGGGUGUCGAGCAGGGCUGCUGAAACACCGGUGCGCUAUUGUAGUUUGUUUCUUUACGUUCACACCUGUCAUUUUUUAAAUGUUCCGUUUCAAUUGAUAAGAAUUCAGUAACGUAUUUUAAUUCGCAUAUUUCGUUGAAAAUACAAACGGAGCAAGUAUAAUUUUCUUUUAACCUAAAAAAUAAUUUAUGUUGAGAGGUUCGAUUAUAGAUCGAAAUUUGUUGUAAAAGAAUCAUGUGAAAAGUAUCUCCUGUCGCAAUAUAUGUAUGUUUCCAAACUUAUGAGUAGGGUGAGUAGUCAUGAGUAUUUUAUAUUCAGCUUCAGAAGGUUACGUUAUAAACCACGAACUUCAUCUUCAAUAUGCGUAUAAACAUUCACGAGAAAAUGAUUCAGUUUGUAACCUUGAACCCCACAGUGAUAUUUUUAAAAUCUUGUCCCCGUACGACAGUGGAUCCAAGGACUGCAAUUAUUCGCCCAAGAAGAAACUGAAGAAUUCAGCUGGAAGAGAAAUUAGAAUCCAGUCUUCUCAUGUAAAUAAUUUCCAGACGGAGAAGAUAAAAAAUGUAUUUCACUCUCUUUUAUUGAAAGCCAAAAGUGAAGGUUUCUUUAAAGAGCCAGUACCCCUAAUUCCAACCAAAAACAUUCAAGCCAAAGAGAAAGCGGAUACAUUUUAUAAAGAAUCUUCAAAAUAUUCUAAAUCGUUAUUUCAAGGAUGUAAUAAUUUAAGUCAUCCAGUCAUUGAAAAGGUGAAUAAUGAGCGUUAUGUAUUUCCAAGUAUGUGCAGGUUCUUUUGCCAAGAUGUAAUUAAGUUAAAAGAAAUACUGGUUCCUUUAAAUGUCAAGUAUGAUCUUAUUGUAUUAGAUCCACCAUGGUGGAACAAAUAUAUUCGUCGCAAGAAAUCAAAAUGUACUGAAGCAAGUUAUCAAAUGAUGUACAAUGACAGCCUCAAGAACUUACCAAUAGCAGAACUUUUAUCUCCAGAUGCUCUGGUUGCAGUAUGGUGCACCAAUUCAGACCAAAAUAUCAAUGCCUUAUUAACAGAAGUGUUUCCUGACUGGGGAGUGAAAUAUCUGGGAACAUGGAUUUGGUUGAAAGUAACAAAUUCAGGAGAACCCAUAUGUGCAUUUGCAGAUCCCCCUAAAAAGCAACCAUAUGAACGAAUUAUCUUUGGCUGUAAUUCUGAAAAAUCUAGAUGUUACAAUGUACCUGAAGAUGAAAAAAUAAUAAUCAGUGUGCCCAGUGCUAUUCACUCACAUAAACCUCCUCUUUCAGAUGUUUUGUCUUCAUAUUUACCUCCAGAACCCAAUUGCCUGGAAUUAUUUGCUAGGUACCUUCUUCCCAAUUGGACAAGCUGGGGUAAUGAAGUGCUCAAACUUCAGCAUAUAAGUCUCUUUAAGGAAAACCCAAGUGAAAAAACUACCUCUGCUGUUACCUAAUAAUUUUCGCCUUUUAAAAUUCAAUAUUCAUGUUUAAUGCUGUGAAAAUUCCACUGUUAAAUUUCAGUAUUAAUGCUUAACCAUUUCGGUGAACAUAUGUGUAGUAUGUUUUAAUAAAAAUGUUAAAAUUUUAAGGUUUUGUCAAUGGCAGGUGUCUGUGUAAUCAUAUGUAGAACGAGAGAAAUUCAAACUUCCCUCCAGAGGACAUUCAUGCAACAUUUUCUUUUCUUAAAAAAAAUUGCACAGAAGGGAGUGCUCAUCAGCAUAUUUCUAAAUCUUCAGAGAACCUUUUACUUUAUUUAUUUGAAUUAUAUGGUAGUAAAGAUAUUAGCUGACAAUACAUAUUGGUUCAAUACUGCCACUUCAUUUUAUGAAGCAUUCAGUCACCUUUGGAACAAAUUCUCUUUUUGUGCUAAGGGAUCGUCUGUAAAUUACAUAAUGCUAUGAGGAGGGGAGAGGGUUUGAGGUAGUGUUACGCUGCUUUACUUGCAGAAAGGGGGUGUCAGUUUAGUGUUAUGUAACAUUGAUUUAUUUUUAAUUUUUCGACAUCUGGUGAUAAAAUUACUUUUUCCUAUCCAAUUCCAAAACAUUAAAUAUAUUAAUUAAUUUUUAAAAAGCGUAAAUAAUUUAAAAUGAUUGUAUAGUGAGUUGCAAUAAACAGGGUUCUUUUUUCAUAUUUUUUUUAUAAAAUCUGUAAGAUUUUCAAAACAAUCUGUAAGAUUUUCAAAGAAAGCAAAUAUUCAAAACUGAUUUAUUGUUUAUUUUAGAAUCCAUUUAAGUUGGUGCAGUAGAUUGUCACUCAUGCUUCAUCCUCAAUGUGUGCAUGGCUUGUAAGAAAUGUUCGUGUCUGUGCACCCUUCCUUCACAUAGCACUUGUUCCGAGUGUUAUACUUACAUGUAGUCAGCAUUGCUAAUUAAUUCUGACUGUAAUUAUCAUAAAUUUUAAAAUAGAACAUAAAUAUAAUUAAUACAAAUUGUUUUUUCUGAGAUAUAAUUUAUUUCUUAUAAAUGUGUGUGUCGGGGGGGGUCUCAAGCGUUACGUAAUUAUUUUCGGGGUGUUAAAGAACGUCUUCUGGGUGCACUACUGCUGGAGAUUUCAACUCAGGGUCUAAGAGUUAGCACGCCAUUUACAUUACGCCUGUACCAUCGGACUCACUGCUAAACUCAGCCCUCCUGACUCUUGAAAAAAAGUUGAACAUUUUGAAUAUGUGUUUUUCAAAAAUUCUGAAAUUUUCAUUUAGAUUAUUUAAAGAUAUAGUUUUAACCCUUUAAAGCGCAAGGGUACAUAUCUGAAUCACCAUAUCAUACUUGCUUAUUUUGCUUCAUACGUUCUUGGUGAAUAUGAUUUUCUUUACUUUGUUUACAAUUGUCAUUUAGGAUACAACAGAAUGUACUUUCAUUAUUAGUUACACUUACAUAGUGCGCUCAUGUAUUGAAACUUGUAUCUAUUAAUAUUUCAGCCUCUUCUAGAAAAAUUCCCUUUCGCAUAAAGUGUAGGAGAUUUAAAUGUGUGAUAUUUGCUUUGAGAUAUUAAUGAAAAUUACACUUGUAUCGUAUUUGUAAUUUUUUUAUUUCAUGAAAUUGAGAUAUUGAAUGACAUUUGUUUCUAUAUAAAAUUAAUAAAAACUAUAUUUUUGUGAAUAUGUUUCAUCUUCUGGGAGGAAGUGCUCAACGUUACAACAAUGAGCUCCCUCCUCCCUAGGUUGCACCACUGGUGUAUACCAAUUGUCACGGAAAUACCAUAUUACCAGUAUUGUAAAAUUCUUCUUAGUUUUAGGUCUCGAUCAGGUCAUUCUGGCAAUUUGCCAUUGAGAAGCUGAGAGAUUCAUUGUUUUGUUUCUGACUCACGGAAAUCCACCUUCAAUGUAUAUACACUUUUGAUGCAUUUUUACUUUAUAAACAAUAUGUUUUGUAAACAGACAUAUAAUUAUUUAAUUGCAUAUUUAUUAAAAUGCUGUAGAUUUUCUGAGUAGUUAAAUACUUCUGUAAGGCCUGUCUGUGAGAACUUUACUUAUCUUUCAUUUGCAAGUUUAGCAUAGAGAUCUGCAGAGUUCAAUCUUAGGUGCUAUCCUCUUUCUUUUAUAUGUAAACAAUAUGCACUUGUCCAUUAGAAAUGGAAGAACAGUUCUGUUUGCUGAUGACAUUAAUGUUCGUAGCAGAAAAGAAACAAUACAUAAUACGAUUUCAGAUGUUUCAAAUUGGUUUCAAAAUGACAAAUUAAUGGGAAACAAGGGGAAAAUGGUUUCAAUGCAGUUUUGCAUUUCAAAUAGGCAAUCAUAUGUACCACUGAAAUAAACAAUAUUUUGAAAUUUUUGAUAAAUUAAUAAAUUGAUGUAACGAAAAGUAAAUGUGCUGUAGAAUACUAUUUAAAUCCAGAUAUAAUAAGUUAAAGUUGUUUUAGGAAGCUGAAGAUCUUUGAUAUUGUUUUCUUCAAAACAUGAUGCAAAUUAUCAAAACGAUGUUUGUAAUUUGAGUUAUUACACAUUUGUUAUUACUUAUAUCAAUUUAUUAAUUUAUCCAAAAUUUCAAAAUAUUAGUAAUA